AUGGAUCUUGUCAACCACACAUGGGUUCAGAGUUUUAUCCUUGCUGGAUUCACUACCUCUGAGACCCUACAAUCUUUUGCCUUUGUGGGAACUAUGUGUGUUUAUCUACUCACUCUUGCAGGGAACUUGUUCAUCAUUAUUCUGGUGAAGACAGAUUCUGGGCUUUCCACACCCAUGUACUUCUUUAUCAGUGUCCUGUCCUUCCUGGAGCUCUGGUACGUCAGCACCACGGUGCCCACACUGCUGCACACCUUGCUCCAUGGGAGCUCACCCAUCUCAUCAGCUGCUUGCUUCACACAGCUGUAUGUUUUCCACUCACUGGGCAUGACUGAGUGCUUCCUAUUGUGUGUCAUGGCACUGGACCGCUACCUCGCCAUUUGUCGCCCGCUCCACUAUCAUGCCCUCAUGAGCAGACAGGUACAGCAAUGGUUAGCAAUGGCUGCUUGGUUGGUUGGCUUCUCAUCUGCACUUGUGCCAGCCGGCCUCAUCGCCACUCUGCCCUACUGCUUGAAGCAAGUAGCUCACUAUUUCUGUGAUCUGGCACCCUUAAUGCGGUUGGCCUGUGUGGAUACAGACUGGCAUGCUCAUGUCUAUAUCGUGGUUAUAGGCUUGAUCAACACCUGCAAUCUUGUUAUUAUUUUAGGGUUCUAUGGAGGUAUCUUAAAAGCUGUGCUGAAGCUGCCGACAGCUGCCAGUCGUGCCAAGGCCUUCUCUACCUGUUCCUCCCAUAUAACUGUAGUAAUAUUAUUCUUUGGCUCUGCUUUCAUUGUGUAUGUAGGGCCACCCGUGGUACGUGCUGAGGGCAGAGACAAGCUUUUAUCCUUGGUGUAUACUUUUCUUACUCCUUUUCUCAACCCAAUUAUUUAUACCCUUCGCAACAGGGAGGUAAAAGAGGCUGUUAAAAGGAUCCCUCAGGGGAUUAGGGGUAUGCUUCAAAAACCCUGA